UCAAUUAUUUGAAUCCCUUUACUCGCUCUCCCUCUCCCUCUCCCAACCCUGCGCAAGCAUAACCAGUGAAGAGUCGCGCGGCUAUUCAACAUCGCCACGUAGACGACGUCGACAGCGGCGCUCUCGCUUCGAAUUUCUUCCGACCCUCGAUUUUGUUUCACUAGCCAUGUCGCUGAGACCUAGCGCGAGGGCAGAGGUUCGCCGGAACCGCUACAAGGUUGCGGUGGACGCCGACGAGGGGCGGCGGCGCAGGGAGGACAACCUGGUGGAGAUCCGCAAGAGCAAGCGCGAGGAGAGCUUGCUUAAGAAGCGCCGCGAGGGGUUGCAGUUGGCUACCCCUCUCCAAUCGACUAACGCGGAGAAGUUGGAGAGUCUUCCUUUGAUGGUAGCCAAAGUUUGGUCUGAGGAUUCUGCAUCGCAACUGGAAGCAACUACACAGUUCCGAAAGCUUCUUUCCAUAGAGAGAAGUCCUCCAAUUGAGGAAGUUAUACAAUCCGGUGUAGUUCCUCGCUUUGUCGAGUUUCUGCUUAGGGAAGAUUUCCCACAGCUUCAGUUUGAAGCUGCAUGGGCUCUCACAAAUGUCGCAUCAGGAACCUCAGAGAACACCAAGGUCGUGAUUGAUCAUGGGGCAGUUCCUAUCUUUGUGAAGCUGCUUGCCUCACCUAGUGAUGAUGUCCGUGAACAGGCUGUGUGGGCAUUGGGAAAUGUUGCUGGCGACUCGCCCAAAUGCCGUGAUUUAGUCUUGGGUCAUGGAGCAUUGAUGCAUUUACUGGCUCAAUUAAAUGAAAAUGCAAAGCUGUCAAUGCUGAGAAAUGCCACAUGGACUUUAUCGAAUUUCUGCAGAGGCAAGCCACAGCCUCCAUUCGAGCUGGUUAAGCCAGCGCUCCCAUCUUUGGAGCGUCUCAUUCAUUCGAAUGAUGAAGAAGUUCUGACAGAUGCCUGUUGGGCGCUUUCUUAUCUUUCUGACGGUACAAAUGACAAAAUUCAAGCUGUUAUUGAAGCAGGUGUCUGCCCUCGGCUAGUUGAGCUUCUGCUUCAUCCUUCUCCUUCAGUGCUGAUUCCUGCCCUUCGUACAGUUGGAAACAUUGUCACUGGAGAUGAUGUCCAAACUCAGUUCAUUAUUAAUAAUGGUGCGCUUCCCUGCCUUCUGAGUCUGUUGGCCCACAAUCACAAAAAGAGCAUCAAGAAAGAAGCAUGCUGGACAAUCUCAAAUGUCACAGCUGGAAAUAGCGGGCAGAUACAGGCUGUCAUAGAAGCUGGUCUUAUUGACCCUCUCCUCAAUCUGCUUCAAAACGCUGAGUUUGAUAUAAAGAAAGAGGCGGCUUGGGCAGUAUCAAAUUCUACAUCUGGCGGUUCCCAUGACCAAAUCAAGUAUUUAGUGAGUCAAGGAUGUAUCAAGCCCCUAUGUGAUCUGCUUGUGUGCCCUGAUCCAAGGAUUGUAACCGUCUGCUUAGAAGGACUAGAGAAUAUUCUGAAGGUUGGGCAAGCAGAGAAGGAACAGGGCAAUACUGGAGAUAAUGUCUAUGCCCAGAUGGUAGAGGAUGCCGAGGGGCUGGAGAAGAUUGAGAAUCUCCAGAGUCAUGACAACAAUGAGAUCUAUGAGAAGUCGGUCAAGAUUCUUGAGACAUAUUGGGUGGAGGAGGAUGAUGAGAUAGUACCUCCAGGUGAUAAUUCUCAACCGGGCUUCGACUUCGGAGGCAAUGGACUACCAGUUCCAUCUGGUGGAUUCAACUUUAAAUGAAGGGAUUUAACAUUGGGGCAAUUGAUAAUCACAUUGGAGCGCUAUUGAAGUCAGAGUUGUGUCUCACAGUCAGAGCAGCUUGGGAUGUCUGGUUGCACUGUCAUAGUCUGGUCUGGUGUCUGUUGUGGUCAAAGGGGUUUUUGAGCACGUCUGUUGGUGCUACAUCGUCCCAAACAAGCAGCCUAUUGACUUGACCUUCAUGCCUUCAUUCAGUGAUUGCGAUGUCGAGUUUUUGAGUGUCUCAAGAGGUUCAUUCGUGAGGGUGGUCGCUUGAAUGCUUUGGCUCAUCUUUGCAAGCCCUUUGUCUUUCUAUUCCGAGUCAGUUUACUAUUGCUAUUCUUUUCUAGAUUUGGUUAGUUUUCGCCUGGUCAUUGCAUCUCUGUCGAACACUUCUGAAAACCUCAUUCCUGAUGUGCUACAGUCUACAAUUACAAUGGCAAAUCCAUGAGUUUUCGUAUUUCA